AUGGUGUCCCUGGAGUCCACUACCGUCCACAGCAUGGGAUAUGGUGUAUGUAAUACACGAACGAAACCAAACAAGCUUACCUGUGACACGGACACAGAUGACACAGACAAGCUUCAGGACCAGAGGACACGGGUGGAAGCUGGAGACACAGAUGACACAGGCAAGCUUCAGGACCAGAGGACACGGGUGGAAGCUGGAGACACAGACGACACAGACAAGCUUCAGGACCAGAGGACACGGGUGGAAGCUGGAGACACAGAUGACACAGACACGCUUCAGGACCAGAGGACACGGGUGGAAGCUGGAGACACAGACGACACAGACACGCUUCAGGACCAGAGGACACGGGUGGAAGCUGGAGACAUAGAUGACACAGACACGCUUCAGGACCAGAGGACACGGGUGGAAGCUGGAGACACAGAUGACACAGACACGCUUCAGGACCAGAGGACACGGGUGGAAGCUGGAGACACAGAUGACACAGACACGCUUCAGGACCAGAGGACACGGGUGGAAGCUGGAGACACAGAUGACACAGACACGCUUCAGGACCAGAGGACACGGGUGGAAGCUGGAGACACAGAUGACACAGACACGCUUCAGGACCAGAGGACACGGGUGGAAGCUGGAGACACAGAUGACACAGACACGCUUCAGGACCAGAGGACACGGGUGGAAGCUGGAGACACAGAUGACACAGACACGCUUCAGGACCAGAGGACACGGGUGGAAGCUGGAGACACAGACGACACAGACAAGCUUCAGGACCAGAGGACACGGGUGGAAGCUGGAGACAUAGAUGACACAGACAAGCUUCAGGACCAGAGGACACAGGUGGAAGCUGGAGACAUAGAUGACACAGACAAGCUUCAGGACCAGAGGACACGGGUGGAAGCUGGAGACACAGACGACACAGACAAGCGUCAGGACCAGAGGACACGGGUGGAAGCUGGAGACACAGAUGACACAGACACGCUUCAGGACCAGAGGACACGGGUGGAAGCUGGAGACACAGACGACACAGACAAGCUUCAGGACCAGAGGACACGGGUGGAAGCUGGAGACACAGACGACACAGACAAGCUUCAGGACCAGAGGACACGGGUGGAAGUUGGAGACACAGAUGACACGGACAGACGUGUCAUCAAUAAACACUUCACCGUUAGAGUCACAAGUAAAUAA